GUCGUCCCUCAGCAACAAGGAAUCGUAUCAUCGAGGGCUCGGUCACCCGUGUGCUGACAUGCCCGUGAUAGACCAAUGUCCGUCGUAAUGCUUGAAACACAGCUGCCACUGUUUUGAUUCUUUUCUUCUCCAACUCGGCCGAGAUGUGUGAGCAACAGUUGCAUCUAGUAUCACGCCCGGAGCAUAUGGUCCUUUGCGGGUGUAACCUUGCAUGGUGUGUCGAUGCUUUAGCGCAGUGUGGCUGCAGUGCCUUGACCCCCCUGAUUGACAGCGACACCUACGUCAUCAGAAAUGACCCCCUGAUUCCCUGCACGUGGCGCCCGAAUUCCACGUGUGCUGCUUGCCUGUGAGCUGUUCCAUUCGCAUCGCAUUCACACGCUGCCAUUCUUCUCGCAACUAGCGAAAAGAGGUGAGCGCGACGAAAAGCAGCCAUCUCCCUCUCGGGAGCAUAGCGCCAGCCCGCCAUGUCGUCCCUCCGUCAAGGACUGUCUCGCGCAGGCCUGACCCCGCAUCGAAAUGGCCGCAUUUGGGGCUCCGCCAGCGUGCCAUGGUUGCCCUGUCGAUCAUGCCCGCCACGGCAUGUCGGAAUAUGGCAGCAGCAGUCGAGAACAUUAUUUGGGAUUGGCGAAAUCGCUGGAGUCAUUGCGAACCCGGCCGAAACGCUCAGGCAGCUCAACGAGUCCAAGGACAUGCUGGUCAAGGCCCGCGAGGAUGCCAAGUUGGCGAGUGAGAAGCAGCGAAUCCCAAAGAAGCAUACUUUUGCGCCGCUCCCUGGUUUCCACGGGCGCGAGAAUGAGCAAGAAUUACUCCACAAGAUACUCGCGGGUAACCCGCAGCUCAACGUCAUGUACGGCGCAACGUCAGUCGGCAAGACGGCGCUCCUCAGGCAGGUCCUUGCGAGCGACGACAACUUUUACGUCAUCAAGUUUGACCUGCGCAUCAGUGGCUUUGGUGACCUCCGCAGUCUCUACAUUGCCCUUUGCCAGCAGUUUAGAAGCGACAGGUUGCCUGACCUCUUGCAGAUGAACGAUAAAGAAAUGGACAAGCUUGCAAUCACAUUCAAGCAUCUGAUCUUGGAUGUAGACGGGGAGAGAAACGCAGAUCAGCCGCCAGUCGAAAUAACAGUGGCGCACCUGGCCGAUCUCAUGGAGACUCUGCAGUCCUGCCUCCUACGGUACUGGGAGUACGACCCCGAGGCGGCAGCAAGGAAAGAAGAGGAAAAGAACGAAGCGGCACAAACGAGGAAAGGGCAGGCCAAAUCAACUCCCACAUCACAGGCGAAACAAGGCCACCGCCAAGACGAGUCAGCAGAGACAGAGGAGGAGAAGCCGACUUUCAAGAAGCGGCCAAUUGUGUUCUUGCUCGACGAAGCACACAAGCUCCCAGCACUAAUCAACGACCAGCUCAGCCUCAAGGUAUUCCUCGAUGCAAUGCUGGUGCUCACGAAGCAAGAUCGCCUCUGCCACGCUAUCCUGUCAACCAGCGACAGCUUCUUUCAACACUUCCUGCGCGCCAUGAAUGUUGGCCACCACGCGCAACUUCUCACCAUCGGGGACUGCUCCAAACCAGAAGCACGGCAGUACUUCAAGGACGAGAUCCUGCCAAACAUCCCGGAGCACCUGAGGCAGAAGAUUGACUUUGAAGACGUGUACAACGCCUUUGGUGGCAAGCUGAGCCACAUUUCCGACUACGUUAGUGCCUGGGUGAACAAGGAGGGCCGAGACCUCAAGCCACUACAGUCCGCCAUCUUCACCCAAGCCUACACGCUGCUGCAGUUCCACAUGACCAACGAAGAGUUUGAGACCUACAGCCCGCUCUCGACUGCCACGGCAUGGGCUGGCAAGGCUGGUGCCGGUGCCAAGUCGGCAGGCGAGGAGGGAACCGGCCGCUUCUCCCGCGAGGAUCUCGUCCACGUCAUGCGCAAGCUGGUCAAGCCGCCAUACUCUCUGCCCUACUUUUCCCUGUGUAGGGCGAUAGGCACAUCCCAGGCGGACGCCAUGAUCAAGACGAGGAUCCUGGACCUGAGGUGGACAAGGACGGUCACGCCCGAGCUCGACAGGGCCGAGGAGGUGUGGAGCCAGGACGGCAUCGAGCGCCCGAUUGUGCUGCCCAUGACGCGGAUUGUGAGAAGAGCCAUGGAGGUGGUGCUCGAGGAGCUGGACGACGAGCAGAGCAAGAACGUUAGUGAUCGCCCUCCUGGCAAGAGCUCAGGCGUGCGGCCGGUUCCGUCGAAUGCAUAG